AUGGGCGGGACGGGCGUGCUGGCGGUGCUCAUCUCGCUCUACGUGCUCGUGGAGGCCGCCAGGGUGCUGGCCAGCGUGUGGAUCAGCGUGUGGACGGGGAGUGUUUCUCAGGAGGAGGGUGGUGGGCAUGGGUCGCUGUAUUUUGUGGCGGUCUAUUCACUCAUCUCGCUGGGCCAAGUGCUGCUCACCUUCGCCAACCAGUACUUCCUCGUGUUUUCCUCCCAGAGAGCGGCUCGGCGCCUGCAUGAUGCCAUGCUGGCGGCCAUUCUCCGCGCUCCCAUGUCCUUCUUUCACACCAACCCCGUGGGACGUCUGAUCAACCGCUUCACCAAGGAUACAGCCGACAUCGAUAAAAACCUCGCGCAGUACACGUCGCUGUGCCUGGGCGGCAUCUUCCAGCUGCUCUCCACCUUCGCCCUCAUCGGCGUUCUCAACACCGUCGCCCUCUGGGCCAUCGUGCCGCUGCUGCUCCUCUUCUACGUCGUCUACCUCUACUUCCAGAGCACUGCCCGGGAGGUGAAGCGCUGGGACUCCGUCACGCGCUCUCCCGUCUACUCCCAGUUCGCGGAGGCACUGAACGGGCUGGCGACCAUCAGGGCGUACGGGGCAGCGCAGCGCAUGGCGGCCAUGAACGGGCACCACCCACCACACCACCCCGCACCCAUAAGGGCGCACGGGACAGCACAGCGCAUGGCGGCCAUGAACGGGCACCACCCACCACCCCGCACCCAUAAGGGCGCACGGGGCAGCACAGCGCAUGGCGGGGAUCAAUGGGCGCCACCUCAUCCCCCCCUUCCUCCCCCCACUCCUCCCCCAUCCAACUCUCAGUUUGCGGAGGCACUGAACGGGCUGGCGACCAUCAGGGCGUACAGGGCAGCGCAGCGCAUGGCGGGGAUGAACGGUCAUGCCGUGGACCGCAACACGCGCUUCACACUCGUCAGCAUGAGCGCCAACCGCUGGCUCGCCAUCCGCCUCGAGUUCCUGGGGGGGCUCAUGAUAUUUGGGUCCCGUCCCGUGAUCGCUGGUUGUUACUGGACGUGCUGCAGAGGGCAUUACCCCUUCUGGGCAGGCGACCAGGCAGUACCGGUGGUGGCAGUCGUGUCGUGGGGCUCAUUCUGUCUUUCCAAAUCACACUCCUCCUCCCACCCCGCCCUCGCACCAGCCACGGCCGUAUUCGCAGUGAUGGACGUGCAGAGGGCGGGCGACCAGGCAGCACUGGCGCCAGUGAUGGCCACGGCGGUAUUUGCAGUGAUGGACGUGCAGAGGGCGGGCGACCAGGCAGCACUGGCGCCAGUCAUGGGACUCAUUCUGGUGUAUGCGCUGCAAAUCACAGCCAUGAUGACCAUGGUGCUGCGCCUGCUCUCCCUCGCUGGUAAGCCUUUGCUCCCUGGUGAUGAAACAUCUUUCAAUGCGGUGGAGCGGGUGGGCAGUUACGCUGACAUCCCCGCCGAGGCGCCGGCCAUCAUUCCGAGCCACCGCCCGCCGCCCGGGUGGCCGCAGCAGGGGGAGGUGUUAUUUGAGGACGUGGUGAUGCGGUACAGGCCGGACCUGCUGCCCGUGCUGAGAGGGCUCAGUGCCCUGGUGCAAGGAGGAGAGAAGGUCGGCGUGGUGGGGCGCACUGGCGCAGGCAAGUCGUCGCUGUUCAACUCGCUCUUCCGAUUGGCCGAGAUUGAGAGCGGGCACAUCUGCAUCGACGGUCAGGAUCUGAAGCUGUUUGGAGUGACGGACGUGCGCCGUGCGCUCAUGAUCAUCCCCCAAACGCCUGUGCUUUUUACUGGCACGCUGCGGUUCAACCUGGAUCCGUUCAGCGAGCGCAGUGACGGCGAGGUGUGGGAGGCACUGGGCAGGGCGCACCUGAGGGAGGUGGUAUCUCGCAUGCCGCUGGGGCUGGACACAGAGGUGGCAGAGGGAGGAAAUAAUUCCAGUGUAGCAGAGGGGGGGGAGAACUUCAGCGUGGGGCAGAGGCAGCUGAUCAGCCUUGCGUGGGCCCUGGUGGUUGGGUUUGGAAUGGCUAGGGUUGAUAAAUCCCUCCUGGCACGGGCGCUGCUCAAGGAGUCUCGCAUUCUGGUGCUGCCCUUCCCCCAGUCCGACCUGACCCCCAUAAUCCUCUGCUUUCUCCUGCCACACAUGCAGGUAGCAGAGGGAGGGGAGAACUUCAGCGUGGCAGAGGGGGGGGAGAACUUCAGCGUGGCGGAGGGAGGGGAGAACUUCAGCGUGGGGCAGAGGCAGCUGAUCAGUCUUGCCCGGGCGCUGCUCAAGGAGUCGCGCAUUCUGGUGCUGGAUGAAGCGACGGCAGCCGUUGAUGUGGGCACGGAUGCGCUGAUCCAACGGACGGUGCGCGAAGAGUUCAAGGGGCGCACCAUGCUGACCAUCGCCCACCGGCUCAACACCAUCAUGGAUAGCGACCGCAUCCUGGUCAUGGAUGCUGGCAUGUACGACACGCCAGCCAACCUGGUGUUAAACGAAACCAGCACAUUUGCAGCCAUGGUGCGCCACACGGGCCCUCAGACCGCCAAAUACUCACACUCGUCUCCUCUUCUUCAUCCCACCCAGGCCCUUGAGUACGACACGCCAGCCAACAUGGUGUUGAACGAGGCCAGUGUGUUUGCAGCAAUGGUGUGCAGCACGGGCCCUCAGACUGCCAAGUAUCUGCGCAGUGUGGCACUGGGGGAGGUGGCGCUAGCAGACGAGCUUGCCGGCCGGGCGGCGGCGCAGGAGAAGCAGAUGGCGCGCGAGGCGGCCAAGUGGCGGUGGGCCACUGCCGCCCAGUGGGCUCUGGCUCUCACACUCACGUCUUCCCAGAGAGACCUGCAGGCCAUGUGCAACAACAGCGAAGGGGAGGAGGGGGAAAGCGAUGCACAGCAGCCAAUCUUUCAGAGAGGCGUGCUAGAAGAGACAAGGGAUGCCGCCCAGGUGCUGCAGGCGGUGCUGUCCGGGCAGUGCAGCGAGGAGAUCUCGUCAGCGCUGACGAGGCGACAGCUGUCGGAAGACAAGUGGUGGACGGCUGUCAGCCGCGUGGUGCAGGGCCUAGCCCUCAUGGCGAAGCAAGUGCAGGCGAAGCUCGAGGUGAACUGCCUGGCCCUCAUGGCGAAGCAGGUGCAGGCGAAGCUCGAGGCGGACGGCAGUCUGAGAGACUCCGCCAGCUCAGCAGGGGCGGCGGCGGGCGGCAGGUGGGCGCAGCUGGCGGCAACGGGGGAGGAGAUGGCGGGCGGCAGAGUGCCCGGUGGUGGCACAUGGGUGUGCCUGCCUGGUAGCUACUGGGGAGGAGACGGCGGGAGCAAGGAAGGUGUUACUGGGAGGAGGGAGGGGUUGCUGCACUGUGCAUGGGGGCAGAGUGGUGUGUGUGAGUCGAGUUAG